AUGUCGGAAACCAUUCUACCACCACCCAAGCCAGACCUCUCCUUUGCUCGCCGUCCAGAAUCUCCUGCGUCUCAGUAUUUUUGGCGCUGGCGAAUGUGGUUUGAAUCAACUUUUGUGUUGUCCAUGCUGGAGCCUUGGGAGAAGGUUCUCCUUCUGUCCCUUCUAUUCAUCAGUUCUGCGUUCUUCCUUACUGCAUUCAUUCGAUACAUGCCCCAGCACCUUGUGGACAUGCAACGCCGGGCGGUGUACUACCUGUAUGGACAAGAAGGGGACGAAAGGCUGUUUUGGCAGAUCCUCAGCAGGGGAACUAAUGGGGUGUUUGGUGGAGGGCGGCAAGUGAAGGAACUCUAG